CGCGCCUUCCAAACCAUCAGAGGCUGCGGUACGACUCAAACAAGCAGAAGCGGCGCAAGAAGCGGAGGACAAUGAAAAGAUACAACUCAAAGAUUCUGUAGAUGCCCGAAUUCAGAACUGGAAGGGCGGGAAAGAAGCGAACUUGAGAGCCCUGAUAGCUAGUCUAGACACAGUCCUGUGGCCUGAACUGGGAUGGGUCAAGGUCGGGAUGCAUGAACUGGUCACACCAUCUCAAGUCAAAAUACGAUACACGAAGGCCAUUGCCAAGGUUCAUCCUGAUAAGCUGAAAACUGGUAAUACAACGGUGGAGCAGAGGAUGUUGGCAAAUGGUGUCUUUGCUGGUUUGAACGAAGCCUGGGGUUCGUUCAAGCCAUGA